AUGGCCAACACAGAGAAUCAGCCAAGCACCAACGAGAUGUCUCGCAACCGCCGCAGCUCCUUCACGUCCGCUACGCUGUCCAACCUCUUUCCGCGCAGCAACUCCGUCUCGGGCGGGACGCCCGUCUUCCCGGGCCCCAUCGCCUCGGCAGCGCUAAACGACCAGAACCGACGGAGACGGCUGUCGAUGUCGACCGCGUCAGCCCUCGGCCUCUCGGGCACCUCGCCCAUCAGCACGGGCGGAGGUGCAGGUGGAGGUCCGUCGGGCCUAGGACUGCGUCGGGCCAGCAUGUCGACCAGCUCGUCUGCGUCGGACGCGGCCGUCGACGAGAGCGCCAUCGAGGAGGAUGACGCUGCUCCUCGCGGCUCGCCCAACGCGCCCUCUGCCCGCCGGACGAGCUUUGGGGCCCAGGCUAUGCUCAACCUCCGGGGCUCUGGAGGCAGUGUCGGCGCCAACGCCAACGGUAGGCAGCUCUCCAGUCCUGGCGGUAGGAGGCAGCCGCAGAACCGUCCCCGUGCUCUCUCGCCCACCACGUCCCCGUCUCCCUCGUCCUUGUCGUCUCCCUUUGCACCGCCUGCUGCUGUCUCUCCACGCUCUUCAUCGUCCUUCUCCUUCUCUGUCCGGCCCAAGGGCGGCUUCGUGGCCGGGCUGCACAGUCCGAGAACUGCUUCUGACAAGUUUCCUCUUUUCGCUGCUCGUGCAGACCAAGGAUACAACUGGCCUGAGCAGUUUAGGUCCCGUGCUGAGAGCAGCGUGGUCUCGGGCUCGCGAGCUUCGUUCUCGUUUGCCUCGGGCCUGGGCAGCUCUCCGCCACGAUCGGGCGGCUUUGCCGUCAUUCCCAGCUUCGGCGCCGGCGCUGGUGGUGGAGUAAGCGGCGGAGGAAUUCGUCAAGAUCGGUCCAAGUCCGUUUCGGACGCCGAGACGACCGCGGUGCCAGCAGCCCGGCCGACGCCUUCACGACCGCGUCAGCAGCAGCCGCGACCCAAGCCUGACCACUUUCAGGAGAGGAUUCUCAAGGGCGACUUCUACAUGGACUGA